CUUAUAUAUUAACGUUUUCGAUCUUAAUAUCUACAUAUACAAUGGCAGAAAUUCAAAUGACCACCUAUGAUAUCGUCAUCUUCGGAGCAUCUGGUUUCACAGGCAAGCACGUAGUUAGAGAAGCUCUCAAGUUUCUUUCACCGAAUUCGCCGCUCAAAUCACUUGCCUUAGCCGGUCGGAACCUUUCAAAACUCUCCGAAACACUAAAAUGGGCUUCCAAAUCUCCCCCCACCCUCCCCCUCCUCGUUGCUGACACCUCUGACACAUCCUCUCUCCGCCGCAUGGCUUCCCAAGCUAAGCUUGUCCUUAACUGCGUUGGCCCUUUUCGACUUCACGGUGACCCGGUCGUCGAUGCCUGUGUUGAAGCCGGAUGUGAUUAUUUAGAUAUUUGUGGUGAGCCGGAGUUCAUGGAGAGGAUAGAGGCCGUUUACCAUGAGAAGGCGGUGGAGACCGGCAGCUUGGUGAUUUCAGCUUGUGGGUUUGAUUCUAUUCCAGCUGAAUUCGGGUUCAUGUUCAAUUCCAGGCAAUGGGUUUCGCCGGCAGCUCCUAAUCGGGUUCAAGCCUAUCUACAACUUGAAUCUGAUAAAAGGAUGGUUGGAAAUUUUGCCACGUAUGAAUCUGCAGUUUUGGGGUUCGCUAAUGCUGAUAACCUCAUCAAGUUGCGACGAUCAGGACGCAGAAGAGCUCGACCUUCGAUUCCUGGUUAUGCUCCUACAAAAGGAUCGAUCAUAGAAUACCAGAAAAAGCUCGGACUUUGGGCCCUGAAUCUCGCAUCCGCCGAUGCCACUGUUGUUCGCAGAACACUCUCGAUCCUUACAGAAAAUCCCACUGGUCUUCAUGGAGUGAAUGAGGAUCCUAAAGUGGCAGAUAAAAGAAUCGCAUUUUGGUCCAUAGUAAAACCUGCUCAUUUCGGAGUAAAGAUUGGCAGUAAGAAGCUUCUGGGUCUCCUACCAUGGAUCGCAAUUGGGUUGUCGCUUAUGCGGUUGUGCGGAUCCUCUCUGGGUAGGUGGUUUCUGUUGACAUUCCCUUCAGUUUUCAGUCUUGGAGUUUUUAGGAAGAAGGGUCCAACCAAAGAGGAAUUGGAGAGUGCUAGUUUUAAAAUGUGGUUCGUCGGCCAUGGAUUCAGUGAUGCGAAUCUUGCUUCUCAGAGAAACGCAACGCCUGAUACAGAAAUUAUUACGAGGGUGACGGGGCCUGACGUUGGGUAUCUCACAACUUCGAUCAUUCUGGUUCAGUGUGCGUUGAUUAUUUUGGAACGACGGGGAGAUCUUCCGAAAGGCGGCAUCUUAACUCCUGGAAUCGUUUUUGGCCCCACUCAUCUUCAAGAUCGACUACAGGAGAAUGGUGUUUCCUUUGAUUUGAUUUCAAAGACUCAGUUCUAUACAUGAAUUGGAUGCUUUUCUUAUUAGUUUUACUUUUAGUCUUUUAGAUGCAAUAAAAUGAGGUAGCAAGGCCAUCUAUGUACCCGUAGUCCCUAUAUAAAAAAAUGAAAACAAUCUUUGUAAUACCAAAGUCAUUUUGUAUGAGUUUCAUUAUAUAAUAAAAGAUA